CUGUAACUGUGAUUAACGGCUAUGUAAAUCAAAUUGACUUAGUGUUUUCUCUCGCUCUCUCUCUCACUCUCUGUUAGGCUAUCUGCUGCACUUUGGUUAACUGUAACUGUGACAGCUUCAAGCCGGGGAAACUGAAGAGAAGACAGUGUGAAAACUGCAGACAUGGCUGGGUAGCGCACGCUCUGAGCAAACUGAAGGUUCACCACAUGUACCAGAGCAGCCAGGUGGAGAUCGUCCAUUCCAACGUGGUGUUUGACAUCUGCAGCCUGAUGCUGUACGGCACGCAGGCCAUCCCCGUCCGCCUCAAGAUCCUCCUGGACCGCCUCUUCUCCGUCCUCAAGCAGGAGGAGGUCAUCCAGAUCCUCAACGCCCUCGACUGGACCCUUCAGGACUACAUACGAGGCUACGUACUGCAGGACGUAGCCGGUAAGGUGCUGGACCGCUGGGCCAUAAUGACGUUCGAGGAAGAGAUCGCCACUCUGCAGCAGUUCCUGCGCUUUGGCGAGACCAAGUCCAUCGUGGAGCUGAUGGCCCUGCAGGACAAAGAGGGCCAGGCGGUGUUGGUGCCCAGCACGCGCACCAACUCAGACAUUCGCACCUUCAUCGAGCGCAGCACGCCGCGCGCCGCCCCCGCCACCAGCCCCAGCCUCUCCUCCUCCUCCUCGCCCACGCCGAAGGUGGAGAAGAUUGGCGGCGACGGGCGCACCAACGUGCACCACUUUGAGAACUUUAUCAACAGCAUGGCGUUCAUGCUGCCCUUCCAGCUGCUGGGCUCCAUCCCCGCGCCGCUCCUGGGCUCGCACCCGGGAUCGCUCGGGUCGCGGCACCCACCCAUGCACCAGCAGUCCAUCCUCGGGGGGCUGGAGCAGCAGCAGCAGCAGCAGCCGGGCCUGCAGGGCCUGAGGCGAGAGGACCAGGGCCCAGAGUGCCACGGGGGAAAGGAGAGCGACCUCCCACUGUCCCAGCCCCUGACGGAGGGCAGUCUCGUCGGGUCCAGCUCAGCCUCCUUCACGUCUGACCUGGGCCGGGGCGGCGGCGGCGACAAUCACAUGGACAGCCUCUCCUGCGGCGGCGUCACCGCCAAGAUGGAGGCGGACGACUUCCCGACCAGCGACAACUACUCCGACGGCUCCUCCACGCCGUGCACGCCCUCCAUGAGCUGCGAGAUGCCGCACAUGUCCCCCGAGAGCAAGCUGCGCUUCCUGGACAGGAACGGCGGCAGCGGGGGCGGGCUGGGAGGCGGCUCCCUGAAGAAGGGCCGGGUGUACUGCAGCGCCUGCGAGAAGACCUUCUACGACAAGGGCACGCUCAAGAUCCACUACAACGCGGUGCACCUGAAGAUCAAGCACAAGUGCACCAUCGACGGCUGCAACAUGGUGUUCAGCUCGCUGCGCAGCCGCAACCGCCACAGCGCCAACCCCAACCCGCGCCUCCACAUGCCCAUGAACCGCAACAACCGGGACAAGGACCUGAGGGGGGGCAGCAUGUCCGGCGACGAGGGCUCGGAAGGGGAGAAGAGAUCCGAGUACGGCGCCUCCGUCCCCGUCUCCUCGUCGGAGGGUCACAAGUCGGUGCCCAGCUACGUGGUGAGCCACGUGGACACGAGCUCCAAGCUCCACGGCAGCUCCUUCCCCAGCAUGGGCCAGAGCGGCAUCCUCUUCCCCAACCUGAAGACGGUGCAGCCCGUUCUGCCCUUCUACCGCAGUCUGGUUACUCCAGCGGAGCUCGCCAACACCCCGGGGAAUCUGCCCUCCCUCCCUUUGCUCUCCUCGUCGGUUCCCCUUAAGCCCACGAUGUUGCCCGAUUACUGCACUGCAGAUCUCAUACCAAAGAAGAAGUCCAGGAAGUCCAGCAUGCCCAUCAAAAUAGAGAAGGAGGCGGUGGAGCAGGACGAAGGCAAGGGGAGCUGUUCCGAGGACGAGGCGUCUAUGAUGCAUCACGGCAGGAAAGACCAUCAGGAGAAUGGCGACUGGCGAGGACAAGUGGGGACGGAGAGGAAGAGGAACGAAAUCAGAGGCAUUUACUUUGGCGAGGAGAGGGAAAGAGAGGACCCUAUGCGGCCAUCAGAGCAGAGCCCAGACAGAGAGACCACCAGGGGUGAGGAACCAGGCCAGGGUGAGGCUGGAGACGAGGAGGCUACACGGCAGGGUGAGACGGGUGUGAUCACCUGCGCGUCCUUCCCCUUCGACCAAUCCCGCGGCAAGCGACGUGCGGACGACCUCUCCCUCUGUCGGGCCGGCGAGGAGGGGAGGAUGGAUUGUGAGCGAGUCCACGCGAUUCCGGCGGAGGACAAGAUGGGCGACCUGGAAGGGUCGGACGGGGAGCGACGGCUGACCAACGGGGGAACCUUCCAGCACCGGGAGUCGGACACUUGUCCGUACAACAACAACAACCACGGCAACAAAACGGACGACGACGACGACUACGGCUGUGACCCGGGGACCGGGCUCUUUGAGUCCGACUCGGGCAUGCCGCACCACUGCGAGCUGUGCAGCAAGACCUUCAAGAACCCCUACAGCGUGAAGAUGCACUACCGCAACGUGCACCUGAAGGAGAUGCACAUGUGCACGGUGAACGGCUGCCACGCCGCCUUCCCCUCUCGCCGGAGCAGGGACAGACACAGCGCCAACAUCAACCUGCACCACAAGCUGCUGACCAAAGACUCUUACUCACCCAGCGCCCCCCCCUACGGCCCCUCACCCAUCACCCGGGACCGGGACGCCUCCGCGGCCGGGGCCCUCGACUACUGCUCGGAGCAGAGGGACCGGGACCUCCUCCACCGGGACCCUGCGGGACAGGCUUCCGUCAUCUUCAGGGGCCACAACCGCAUGGGGCUUGUCUUCCCCAUGAGCAAGAUGACCGACCCGCCGUCGGAGCACCCGGCGCAAUCCCCCUCGGAGGACAUGGGCCGAGAAGAGACGGGAGAAGCGUUGGGUGGAGGAGGAGGAGGAGCUGCCCAGCGCGGUACCCCCUGUGGUGUUCUCCCUCGCUCCUCCUGGGACUCUGACGGAGUGGGCAGCGGCGCAGAGGCCGACGGCCUGGAGGAGGAGGAGGAGGAGGAGGAGGAGGAGGAAGAGGGAGAGGAGGAGGAGGAGGAGGGAGACGAGUCGGCCCUGCCCAUGGAGUACAGCGACGAGAGCUGUGACGGGCUGGGCGCGGGGAAGCCUGGCAUCGGCGUUGGCGAGGAGGACGGAGAGUCGGGGCUCGGGUGUAACCGAACCCCAGGAGGAGGAGGUUUGGGCGGGCCUCCCCAGGGGGGCCCGCUGCAGGCGGGGGGCGGGGCCGGCGGCGUGGGAGGCGGCAUGGGUUCUCCGAUCACCUGCCACAUCUGCCACAAGGUCUACAGUAACAAGGGCACGUUCAGGGCCCACUACAAGACCGUCCAUCUGCGGCUGCUGCACAAGUGCAAGGUUCCCGGCUGCGACACGUCCUUCUCGUCUGUCCGGAGCCGCAAUAGACACAGCCAGAACCCCAACCUCCACAGGAACCUGGCGGUAGGCUCAGGAACCCCGCUCCUCAACCAGGAGUAGAGAAACCGGACUGAACCAGGCUAGCAUGACUGAUGAGGAUUUCUGUUCACUGUAGCCCGUCUCUCUAGGGGCUUUGUGUGUGUGUGUGUGUGUGUGUGUGUGUGUGUGUGUGUGUGUGUGUGUGUGUGUGUGUGUGUGUGUGUGUGUGUGUGUGUGUGUGUGUGUGUGUGUCUGUCUGUCUAUGUGUGUGUCUCUCUGUGAGGGUGGGCAGCAAGGUAUAACAGGCUUAUCAUUUAGCACUUUUUAAGAAUACUGUUUUUAAAAAAAGGGUGGUCAAACUGUCACUUAAGCGUUGACUAUAGGAUUUAUUUUGCAAAUUUGUGGCCAGAUUAAAACCACUUCCUGAGCAAAAUGUAUAAUUUCCCCUCAUUACCGUAUAGUGUUUGUUAAAAAAACAUGUUGACAUGUUCAAUUGAGCAUUUUCCAAAACCCAACUUAAGUAUUAUUUCAAAGAAAUUGAGACUGAGUAGGCAGAACAUUCCUGCAGUAUCUCCAACAUAAUACACUUAGUAUUUUUCAGUUCAUCUUUUAUUUUCUUUGCAGAAAUAGAUUCUUCUUUUCAUUGCUUUGCCUUAAACGUAAUUUAAACCUCAAAAGCUGUCUCCACACACGGUUUUAGUGUCAGUUUGGACUUUGUCAGACGGCAUCGGGCUGGUUUCGUUGGUUUUUCUUCCGUGGUACCUGUCGUAAACUGUCCACUGUGAAAUGAUGCACAACGUUAUGAACAAAAGCUAGCAGAGUAGAUGUGUGAGCGGUUAUUUUCUUCAUUUAGAGAUGUUCUUUAAAAGAUAAGAAAAAAUAAGUCUUUGUGGAAAAAGAUAUCGUGUUGUAAACUUGAUCGAUAAGUUAUUGUUUGGUGUUGUACAAUCUAAUCCACGUGGUUAUGUUAUCGUUUGUCUUCACUGUUCUGGUUGUGGCAUAUUGCUCAUCUUGACCAAAGAUUUUUCGUUUUGUUUUUUUGUCCAUUCUGGAGAUGUGUAGAUAAAAGAAAAAAAGCAACCUCUGAUUGUUUAUCGAGGUUUAUGCAGUAUUAAAAGAGGCGCCCUCUUUGACUUUGUAACAUCAAAUUCCUACCACGAGAAACGGCACAAUUCAGCUGUGGACUCCGUUUUUCAAAAAGAGAAGAACUUUUGACUGAUACAAAAGAAAAAUACUAUAUUUCUGUGGUCAGUUAUUUUAUUGUAUAUGUUGUUUCCAAAAAAAUCCAAACAUACUCAAAGGUAUUAGAUGGACUCUAUAAAAACCGUACAUUUCUUGUACUAUUGGUAUUGGUAUACUACAAACAAACUCAUACACUUGCCUCUGCCAACAGACGGUUGACGUUGUUGGGGGAGAAAUGUCAGAAGAUGCCCAUUUUCCCAGCAUCUUGAGACUGGGCAUGAUAAACUGUGAAUGAGUCAAACACUGAGGAAACAAUAUCACAAAGAAAACGACAAGGACACUUUUUGAAAUUAAAAACGAGAGCACAGCAAUUUUUACGGAAACAUCCAAUCAUGCACACCCUUACACACACAGACACAAACACACACACACACACACACACACACACACACACACACACACACACACACACACACACACACACACACACACACACACACACACACAAACACACACACAUACACAUAUACACAUAUACUCUCACACACACUCACACACUCUCUGGUAAAGUAACUGGUAAAUAAAAUGUUCUUUGAAUUGUAUAUUCUGUGAAUAGAGUAAUAAUUUGUUAUCUGAAUGAAGCCAAAAAAUAUACUGUAUAUUAUAGCCUCAUUUUACCACAUGCAUUGUCAAAAUAGAGUUUUCUUUUCAACAUUGUCCUGUACGUGACUUAUCACUGGCUAUAAGGUAACGGUCCAGAUGGCCUAUGUACUUUUCUUUUUCUUUUCUCAUUCUGUAUUUAAAAACAAUGAUCUGUAGUUAAUGUUUGUUGUUUAAAUUUGUAAAAGAAAGAGAAAAAACGGAUAGGUGUUCAUGUUGCCUAUGUUGCCUUCGUUAAUGUUACAGUAUUCAUUCAAAUAAAAAGCCAUAACUGUUUCAAAUACUGUGUUUCUAAUUUGAACA